GAUUGCGAGCCAUCUGACCCACAAACACUCUUUCUCUGUAGAAAGCUUUUAUUUUUUAGCCAAACUCUCUCUCACAACAUUGGCGAACAUUUUUCAUAAAAUAACAAAGCUUCCUCCAAUCUGUUCUAGCUGUCUUUCCCAUUUGCUCUACCGGGCAAAACAUCUCUUCUUGGAUCUGCCAAGAUUCCUCUACAUGUUGCAUUGCUUUUAGUUUCUUUUAGGCGAUUCUGUCUGUCUGAAGGUAGAUGUACGUUUCUGUUAUCUCUGGGUGUUGUUCUGUUCUGUGCAUAUUGUUGUAAUGGGUCCCUCCAGUUUCUCAGUCCCUUUUCUGGGUCCUGCGCAAGGCAUUGUAUUUUGUGAGUUUUGUUCUGUGAAACCCAAUAAGGUUUCUUUCCCUCCUAACUGAUAGGAUUUGAUUUGGUUUUCUGGGUGUCCCCUACUUCUUUUCCCAUUUUAGUUAUCUUCAAUUGUUGUGAACUGGAGAGAUUGGAGAAAAAGACCCCAAAAGAGGAGAUUGUGUGGAAGUUGUGAUCUGUGAUUGAAAGGACAGUUCAGUUCUUGUGAGCUUUGAGAAUAUCAGAAAUUAGUAGGUAAUUUGAUUUUGUACUAGGUGUGUUUGGAAUUACAUGAAUGAGGAGAGUGGUCUAUUCUCUUAAUGGUUUGUGAGGCUGGAAAAAGCUGCAACUGACCUGUUGGCUUUGCAUUUUGUUCAAGUCCUUGAGGAGAAAGGAACAAAAAGAAGGAUAAGUUACAUUUUGUUGUACUUGAGCUGGAUAUUGGCGUCAGCUUGUGUAACAAAGGUCAGUGAGGUGUCUGAAUUUUACAGCUUCUCAAUUUUGUAUAUCUGGAGAAUGGAUAAGACCAUUUACAAUUGCCUGAAAUUGGUUUCAGAGGGUGUAGAGUUGUGGCAGUGAAGGAUUGUGCAUUGUGUACUCAAAGCUUGUUUCCAACAUUUACUGAAGGGCCUUGGAUUUGUAUUUUGGGGAAUCUGAUUUGCUUGAAGAAAAUUGAGUAGAUGUUUAGAAAAAGUGGGGAGUGAAAAUAACUGAUUUGGACAGAAGAGGUGGAGAUGGCUGCAAAACUUCUGCAUUCUUUAGCUGAUGACAACCCAGAUUUGCAGAAGCAAAUAGGAUGCAUGAAUGGGAUUUUCCAAAUUUUCGAUCGACACCAAGUCCUCACUGGUAGGAGGAUUAGCCACCACAAGAGGCUUCCUCCAGGGAAUUCACACUAUAGCAAUGGUGGCCUGGAAAGAGAGUCCAACAAUCCAUACCAUCGGCAAGCAGUAACUGAAAUAAAUUCGAACAAAAAUGUGAAUGAGAAACAAAGACUCUCAACAGAGUCAUCACGGGCCUCUUUCUCGUCGACUUGUUCAUCUUCCUUAUCAUCACUGGAGUGUAACAGAACAGCACAACCAGGAACCUCUUCCUUUGACAGAAUCAUUUUUCCUGAAACUCCCCCAAGGGAUCCAGUGACUAACCACUCAAGUACCUCCCCUAGAUUUGGAAGGCAGUCCCUUGAUCUCCGGGAUGUGGUAAAGGACUCUAUGCAUAGGGAAGCAAGGGGACUAUCACUGAAAACUACAACCAGAGAUGAAGCAGCAGGUAAUGCAGUGAAGCACAGAGACUCUCCAAGACCCUUGAAGCUGUCCAGACCAACAGAUGGAUCUAAUGGAGUCAGGACCAAUGAGAAGCAAAAUAUGCCUGCUGAUCUCAAGGAGUCUCUUAGAGUUCUUGCUCAACUUCGAGAAGCUCCUUGGCAUUAUGAAGAUAGAGAUCAUCCAAGAUCAACAUAUGAAUCAAAAGAUAGUUUUUGGCAUACAGUUCCAAAAGAUGCUCCACGGUUUUCUUAUGAUGGGAGAGAGAUGAAUCGUUUAUCCUUUGAAUCAAGAGAUACCUUCAGACCAACUCCAAAGCCAAAAGAGUUGCCGAGACUUUCACUGGAUAGCAGAGAAGAUUCAAUGCGUGGUUCCCACUCUGACUCAAGAUCAAAUCAUCUUUCAAAAGGGUUUCGGAAUAGUGGCAGCUCCAAUGGCAGGGAUCCUAGUCUACCUCAGUCAUCAGGAACUCAGAGUCGACCAAGUGUUGUAGCAAAGUUGAUGGGUUUGGAAGCAUUGCCAGAUUUUGAUAGUAACUUAAGUCUGAUCAAAACCAGCCCAGUUAUAGAAAGUGAUCCUUUCUCAAAACCACUGAAGACAAACAAUAUAUACAGGCCUAUUCACACUUCAAACUCCCUGAGAAGCUCUCCAAAAGAACCAACAUCACCAAGGUGGAAGAAUCCAGAUCUGGUUAUGAGACCUGUUUCAAGUUCAAGGUUUCCAAUUGAACCAGCACCUUGGAAAAUGCAGGAUGGAAAUCGAGGUUAUCAGAAACUAUCUUCCAAACCUGUAAAAGCUCAAGGAAGGACCCAAAACUCCUUCCUGUCUGUUUAUAGUGAGAUAGAGAAGAGAUUAGAUGAUCUGGAAUUCAAACAGUCUGGAAAGGAUCUUAGAGCUCUUAAACAGAUAUUGGAAGCAAUGCAAGUAAAAGGGCUGUUAGAGACCAAAAAAGAAGAGCAAGCUUCAAAUUUUGGAACUCAAAAGGACUGUGAACCAGAAUGUUCUAGUUCCAAUCCAGACCCAAGGUCUGUGAAUCAAAGAAACAGAAACAGCCAUGCUAUGUCUUCCAGAAUUAAAAGCUCUGAUUCCUCGAAGAAUUAUGGUUCCCCGAUUGUGAUCAUUAAACCUGCAAAGGUUGUCGAAAGGUCUGGUCUUCCUAGUUCAUCACUAAUUUCAAUGGAUGGCCUCUCUGAUGUCCAUACUGCUCCUAGAGGGGGAACAGUAGAUAACAAGAGGGUUUCAACUAACAGCCGAAUAGCUAAAGAUCAUUCUCCUAAGAACAGUAGGAAAGACUUUUCUGUUGGCUCCACUGACAAAAAGCCAAGUGGCAGGAAUGUAAAAUCUCUUCGAAAGGAAAACAGUGCAACAAAUUCAGCAAAGAGCUCAGGAUCUGUGAGCCCAAGAUUACAGCAGAAGAAGCUUGAGUUAGGGAAGCCAUCUCGUCCACCUACCCCGCCAUCUGAUACAAGAAAACCGAGAAGGCAAUCCAGCAGGCAAUCAACAGACUCAACUUCACCUGGUAGAAAACUCAGACCAAAAUCUUCCAACUUGCAGCAAAGUGAUGACCAGUUGAGUGAGAUAAGUAAUGAAUCUAGACGGUCAAGUUUCCAAGGAGAUGACAUAGAUAUGGAAGAGUCUAGCAGUGUACGAGGUACUGAUACAAAUGAUAGCCAGAGUCCAUCUCUGAAGGCUUCCAAGUAUUUAGCUUCUGCUUCAAUGCAACAGUUAACUGCAAGGUUGGAAGAAGAUGGGUCUGCUGUGGAACUCGCUACAGUUGCUCCAGAACAUCCUAGUCCUGUCUCUGUACUUGAUGCCUCAGCAUAUAGAGAUGAUGCACUAUCUCCAGUAAAGCAGUUGCCUGACGCCCUCAGAGGUGAUGAUGCUGAAGAUUCAAAUCUCAGAGUAUGUGAAGAUCAAUGGAACCCUGCAGAUAAUCUUGCUAGCGUCGGGUCUGGUCUUACCUCAGAGAUCAAUCGUAAGAAAUUGCAGAACAUUGAGAACUUAGUUCAGAAGCUUAGACGAUUGAACUCUAGUCAUGAUGAAGCAAGAACAGACUAUAUUGCAUCACUAUGCGAGAAUUCAAAUCCGGAUCACAGAUACAUUUCUGAAAUAUUGUUAGCUUCAGGUCUCCUACUUAGAGACCUGGGGUCCAGCCUGACUACAUUUCAGCUCCAUCCCUCAGGUCACCCUAUCAACCCUGAGUUGUUCUUUGUUUUGGAGCAAACCAAGGCUAGCAGUAUGCUUGCAAAAGAAGAAUGUAUCCCCGAAAAGGCAACUCACGCAAAGCAAGAGAAGUUUCACCGGAAACUCAUCUUCGAUGCUGUCAAUGAAAUUCUUGUUGAUAAGUUGGGCUUAGUUGGCAGCCCUCUUGAGCCGUGGUUGAAGCCUGCAAGACUGGCAAAGAAAACCCUCAAUGCACAAAAGCUUCUCAAGGAACUGUUUUUCGAGAUAGAACAAUUUCAAGCCAAGAAACUUGUGUGUAACUUAGAGGAUGAGGAUGAUGGUUUGAGAAGCAUAUUGUGUGAAGAUGUGAUGCACAGGUCAGAAAGUUGGACAGUUUUCCAUGCUGAGAUUUCUGGGUCAGUCUUAGAUGUUGAGAGGUUGAUCUUUAAGGAUUUGAUCGACGAAAUUGUUAUUGGUGAAGCAGCUAGCUUGCGUGCCAAGCCAGCAGCCAGGCGUCGAAAGCUGUUUGCUAAUUAAUGAUCUUUCAGUUCUUCUCAAUCCACUUUUUUUCUUUGGUGAUUUAAUUUUUUUUUUGACAAACAUCACAAUAAAUCUAUUUGUAAGAUCUAUAGUGUUGUAAUUCAUGCUGGGUUGUAAAGAAGGUUAACUCGUCAAAGUUGUCAAGAUACAUACUUUGGAAGAUUAAUAUAUAAGACCCUUUUUGCUUCUUCA